CUAUAAAAAUCUCAUCCGCCCCUCCAACCAAACCGUCCCGAAUCCACCACCCAAAAUCACAGGAGAAGCAAGCAAUGUGGACAAGCCUCGUUCUCGUAGUUCUCUCUCUCACCCGCCUCUCUCCAAUCUCUUGGGCGACUGCAACUCCGAGCCCUGAUGGUUUUAGCCUUCUUCCCCAUGCCAAUCUUCCUUCUGUGCAAGCAGAGAAGCUAAUCCGACAGCUUAAUCUCCUCCCUAAGGAUGCCCUUGAUGCUCCCAUCGCUCGCCAAGCCGUUCCUCCCACUCCCAAGAUCGUCGAGAAACGCUUCAGGUUACCCAACCUAGCUGAUUCUUCUGGGGUUUCAGUUGAAGACCUUGGUCACCAUGCCGGAUACUAUGAGCUCAAGAACUCGUACGCUGCUAGGAUGUUCUACUUCUUCUUUGAAUCACGAAGCAGCAAGGAGGAUCCUGUCGUUAUUUGGUUGACUGGGGGUCCAGGGUGUAGCAGUGAGUUGGCUGUUUUCUAUGAAAAUGGGCCUUUCACCAUUGCAAAAAAUUUGUCCCUUCAAUGGAAUGAAUACGGCUGGGACAAGGUAUCAAACCUUCUGUACGUCGAUCAACCUACUGGAACUGGUUUUAGUUAUAGUUCUGAUAGGCGUGACACUCGUCACAAUGAAGAGGGUGUUAGCAAUGAUCUAUAUGAUUUCCUGCAGGCAUUUUUCGCUGAACAUCCUGAAUACGCGAAGAAUGACUUCUAUAUCACUGGAGAAUCAUAUGCUGGGCACUAUAUUCCUGCUUUUGCUGUCCGAGUUCACCAAGGGAACAAAGCUAAAGAGGGAAUUCAUAUAAACCUCAAGGGAUUUGCCAUUGGAAAUGGACUCACCGAUCCUGCAGUCCAAUAUCAAGCAUACACGGAUUACGCAUUGGAAAUGGGAAUAAUUAAGGAAUCUCAGUACAAGAUUAUUAACAAAUUCAUUCCAGUUUGUGAAAUGGCAAUAAAGCUUUGCGACGACAAACGUAAAAUCCCAUGCAUGGCAUCAUUUGUUGUUUGCAACUCUAUAUUCAAUAUGAUCAUGGGGGUUGCUGGUGAUAUCAAUUACUAUGAUGUUAGAAAGAAGUGUGAAGGGAGCCUUUGCUAUGACUUCUCAAACAUGGAGAAAUUCCUGAACGAGAAACCUGUUAGGGAUGCUCUUGGAGUUGGGGACAUUGAAUUUGUUUCAUGUAGCCCUUCCGUUUACAGUGCCAUGAUUAUGGACUGGAUGAGGAAUCUGGAAGUUGGUAUACCUGCUCUUCUUGAGGAUGGAAUCAAGAUGAUGAUAUAUGCCGGGGAGUAUGAUCUCAUAUGCAACUGGCUUGGGAACUCGAGGUGGGUUCAUGCCAUGGAAUGGUCUGGUCAGAAAGAGUUUGUCGCUGCUCCAAAUGUCUCUUUCGUGGUUGAUGGUGGAGAAGCAGGACAAAUGAAAAGCUAUGGUCCUCUCACUUUCCUCAAGGUCCAUGAUGCUGGUCAUAUGGUCCCAAUGGAUCAGCCUAAGGCUGCCUUGGAAAUGCUGAAGAGAUGGACUCAAGGGCAGCUUUCAGAACAAGGUCAGGUGGCUGACAUGUGAUUUGCUCAGCCACGUUAUCCAUCUUAUCCUUCUUCAGUGGUUACCAUUACAGUCUCCCUCACCUCAAAAAACGUUUUACAGUCCCCCUUACCUCAAAAAGCUCUGGCUCUCUUCUGGAGGUUGCUUGUGAAUAGUUUCCCCAACUUCGGUUUUUCAAGUGUCUAGCUGGAAACGCUAAAAGAUAUUCCAUAAAUUUUAUCCAAAUAUGUUUGGAUUUGUGCA